GCACAGUCGUCGACCGGCUUUCGCAGCGUGCGCAUCUCGUGACCGGCAGUUUUGCUCAGUGUAUCCUGGCCGAAAGUUUACCAACCGACCAAACAACCAACGAACGCUUAAAUCCGCACACAGACCGCAUUUCGAUCCGAUUCGGUGAGACGAUGUCGUUGCUGCUGCUUCUUUUGGCCGUCGUCCUGCCGCAGCCGCAGCUCCUGCCCUUCGUAUCCGGAGGGUCCUGCCGGGAGGCACAGCUCUGCUGCAACGGCCGUGACUCCUCCUGCGUCGUCCAGAAGGCUCCCAUCAACGCCAUCAUCGAGGACCUCAGCGACAAGCCCUGCUACUGCGACCACGCCUGCCUCAAGCUCGGCGAUUGCUGCGACGACUUCAAGGAUCACUGUGGAGUGCUGGACUGCCAGGUGGCCGAUUGGGGCGCCUGGAGUGACUGCGACAGGAGUUGCGGCACGGGAAUGAUGACGCGGAACAGGCAGAUCCUGCAGGCAGCUCAAAAUGGUGGCAAGCACUGCCCCACGCUGCAGCAGAAGAGGAGUUGCCAAGGAUACCGAUGCCAUGGACACCACGACAAGAAGAUACUGCGAGAAAUGGCCCUCCUUCUGCCGGCUGCGCUUUCGCACAAUCACCAUGUCAACGACAGUGGAGAUUCGCGGCGCAAUCUGCGCACGCGCUACCGCGACGCCUACAAACACAACCAUGAUCAGGAAUAUUGCGUGGAGUUCGAGGUAAUCAAAUCCUCUAAAGCCUGCCACAAGCUGCCGCCGUAUAAUCUGAUGACAGAAGGCGAUCGCAUCACUGUGCGCUGUGACCUUGAGGCAUGGAUCCAGGACUCAGCCGGCAGCUCCACCACAGCCAGGACACCCCAGGGCCCCACCACGCCGCCCACGACCACAGUUUCAGCCGCAGCUUCCGCCUUUGGGCAGCGGACGGAUGAGCUUGAGGAGGAGCGCCAGCAGCGGGAGAACAGCAGCGACGAGGAGGCGACCAGCCAGGAUGGCGAGGCGGAGGCGGAGGCGGAGGACGAGGAAGAGGAGCAGGAACCGGAGCCGGAGCAGGAUGAGCAGGACGAGCUGCAGAAUGCCCUGGACUCGGACAGCAACGAGAGUGCCGACUACCGUCACCAGCGGCACUCACAGAUGUCCCAAAUGUCCCACAGCCGCCGGACAGCGGGAAAGCGCAGCGCCGUGCCGGCCACGCCCUCGCCCACGCUGGCGCCCACCUACCACUGCCGGGGGGAGGGGCUGGCCGGGCGCACGACACGCUGGAGCGCGCUGCCUGCGCCGUCGUGCCGCGGCAAGUGGCUCCGCCUGACCGUCGGUCCGCCCAAGAAGUGCGGCCACGCCCAGUUCAUCUUCGUCUAAGGCGACAUGGUCACGCCGCCCAGCCAACGGUGAUCAGCGGUGAUCAGCGGUGAUCAUUUUUUUUCUCCGUGUAGUUUAUGGUGUACGGUCUCCCCCACUCAUCAUAUCACAUCAUAUCACCCGCGCCCCUGCCACGCCCCCUCACUUCCGGCCCAAAAUAAAUAGAGUACCCCAUCGUA